UAUCCCGAAGUUGGAGUUACUUGAAACGACAUCGUUUCAGGGAAGGGAGUGAAGUGAUAGAGGAAACCGUAGAACAGUGGUGGAAAAAUGAAGGCAUUGGGAUGGUGGCUGAUAGCGGUAGGCACGCUUCGAUUGGCCUCCGUGUGGUUCGGUUUCUUCGACAUUUGGGCUCUUCGACUCGCCGUCUUCUCCAACACUACAAUGACUGAAGUUCAUGGGCGCACAUUUGGAACUUGGACUCUGUUGACCUGCACCCUUUGCUAUAUCUGCGCAUUCAACCUUGAAAAUAAGCCUCUCUACCUGGCUACUUUCUUGUCAUUCAUCUAUGCAUUGGGUCAUUUCUUGACCGAAUAUCUAAUUUAUCAUACAAUGGAGAUUAAGAAUCUGACUACUGUUGGCAUAUUUGCAGGAACAUCGAUAAUAUGGAUGCUAUUGCAAUGGAAUGCACACUCGAAAGUCCACUUGAAGCACUCUUAGCCUGCAAAAAGAGAUGGGGCAAAAGUGCUCUACUGUGAUUGGUGGUAUUGGACCGUUAGGUACAAGAGAUGCAGCUCUAGAUAUCUCAUCCUUUUAUUUGAUUUUGAAGACAUUUCAUGUUGAUACAAAUAUGUUCGUUUAGCAAUUGCGGUUUACAAAAUCAUGGAUGCAGUGCUUCACCAUGUUUUUUUUAAGGUAUGCCAAGGUAGAAGGGGGAAAGUAUCCCAACUAUGUUGGCACCCUAACCCUCAACCACCAAAACAACAAAACUGAUGAUAGCCAUGCUAGCUUGUUGUUAAAAAUGCAAGUAACUAUUAGCUUUGCUCCGCUUUGCAGUAACUGAUUUUGAAGAGAUGAGAUCCCUGCUGUCUGGAAUUUUGAAGACGAAUUCUAAUCCUAUUAAUUUUCUGUUUAAUGAGCUUCUUGUAUUGCUGAA